CCCAGAACUGGCAGACACCUGCCUGAUGCUGCCAUGGGCCCCCAGCUCUUUGGCUAUGUGGUCCUUUGCCUUCUAGGAGCAGGCCUCUUGGAAGCCCAAGUGACCCAGAACCCAAGAUACCUCAUCACAGUGACUGGAAAGAAGUUAACAGUGACUUGUUCUCAGAAUAUGAACCAUGAGUAUAUGUCCUGGUAUCGACAAGACCCAGGGCUGGGCUUAAGGCAGAUCUACUAUUCAAUUAAUGUUGAGGCGGUUGAUAAGGGAGAUGUUCCUGAAGGGUACAACGUCUCCCGAAAAGAGAAGAGGAAUUUCCCCCUGAUCCUGGAGUCGCCCAGCCCCAACCAGACCUCUCUGUACUUCUGCGCCAGCAGUUUAUCCACAGGUGCUAACUAUGACUACACCUUCGGUUCGGGGACCAGGUUAACCGUUGUAGAGGACCUGAACAAGGUGUUCCCACCCAAGGUCGCUGUGUUUGAGCCAUCAGAAGCAGAGAUCUCCCACACCCAAAAGGCCACGCUGGUGUGCCUGGCCACAGGCUUCUACCCCGACCACGUGGAGCUGAGCUGGUGGGUGAAUGGGAAGGAGGUGCACAGUGGGGUCAGCACGGACCCGCAGCCCCUCAAGGAGCAGCCUGCCCUCAACGACUCCAGAUACUGCCUGAGCAGCCGCCUGAGGGUCUCGGCCACCUUCUGGCAGAACCCCCGCAACCACUUCCGCUGUCAAGUCCAGUUCUACGGGCUCUCGGAGAAUGAUGAGUGGACCCAGGAUAGGGACAAACCCGUCACCCAGAUCAUCAGCGCCGAGGCCUGGGGUAGAGCAGAUCCGCAGUAUUUUGGCCCAGGCACCAGGCUGACAGUGCUCGAGGACCUGAGAAACGUGUUCCCACCCAAGGUCGCUGUGUUUGAGCCAUCAGAAGCAGAGAUCUCCCACACCCAAAAGGCCACGCUGGUGUGCCUGGCCACAGGCUUCUACCCCGACCACGUGGAGCUGAGCUGGUGGGUGAAUGGGAAGGAGGUGCACAGUGGGGUCAGUACGGACCCGCAGCCCCUCAAGGAGCAGCCCGCCCUCAAUAACUCCAGAUACUGCCUGAGCAGCCGCCUGAGGGUCUCGGCCACCUUCUGGCAGAACCCCCGCAACCACUUCCGCUGUCAAGUCCAGUUCUACGGGCUCUCGGAGAAUGACGAGUGGACCGAGGCCAGGGACAGGCCCGUCACCCAGAACGUCAGCGCUGAGGCCUGGGGUAGAGCCGACUGUGGCUUCACCUCCGAGUCUUACCAGCAAGGGGUCCUGUCUGCCACCAUCCUCUAUGAGAUCUUGCUAGGGAAGGCCACCUUGUAUGCUGUGCUGGUCAGUGCCCUCGUGCUGAUGGCCAUGGUAAGGAGGAGGGUGGGAUCGGGCAGAUGAUGGGGGCAGGGGAUG